GUUUAUGCAUAAUAAGGUGGUGUAGUUAAUACUUAAACAUCCGCGCUCACUUACCCAAAGUCCGCGCGAUAAGCGCAAUAUGUGGUCAAGGAUGGCUCAUACGGCGUGGUUGUUGUCGGCAACCCUCCUGAUACUUCUUUCGGUAACAGAUGCCACGACCGCUGCGCUUGGGCCGCCUCCAGCUGUUGUGUUUAAGAACGGCAUCGGCUUGGAGGGAGGGGUGCUAUCUGGGAACAUCGUCUAUGGCCGCUUGUUGGUUUCGUCCACGGAUCUAUGGGUGACUAACGGAACGAAGGGUGCAGUGUACCGCACCGUUUGUGAUGACAGCUUCAACGACGACACUGCGAAGACCAUGUGCUCGCUCUUGGGCUACAAUUACGGUCGCAAGUAUUACGGAGGCAGUGUAACAUACCGCCAGGGAGCCACGGCCCAACCGCUGGGCUACCUCUCUUGCCACAAGGAGAGCAGCGCCCACCGCCGGUCCCUGAUGGGUGCGGAUGACUCCAGCCACCAGCAGGGCCACUCCCGAUCGCUCACGUCCAUGCUACUGGGCUAUGUCGACCUGCCAAAGAAAAACAAGAACGUUUGCACCUUCACAAUGGGCGAUUGCCCUGCCAUCGGCCCCCUGGCGGGUGUGCAAUGCUCAAACAAGACCCUCCCUCCCGCACCCUCUCCGCCUCCCAGCCCGCCCAACCCGCCUCCUGCCCCGCCGCCCAAGUCCAACUACCUGCGCAUGUACGGCGGUAACGUGUUGUACAGCACGAGCGUGGAAUCCAACAUCUGCAACCAGUCUGCCAACAAGGACUGCCGCUGGUUUGGCCGGGUGGAGGUGCAGGUUGCCGGUGCGGGCGGCAAGCCGGUUUGGGCGCCCCUGUGCGCCCCCAAGGCGGGGUCUACUCUUGCGGACCAGCUGGGGCGAAUGGUGUGCCUCCAGCUGUUUGACUGGGAUCCGGUCGCCGACGGCUCCCAUGGGAUUGUGGGAUCCUCCACAUCCGCUACACCCUUCAAGAUCCCCUCAGGCAAGGUGAAUGCAACGGGCGACUUCAGCCCCGCUCAGUACACUCGCUGGGCUACCGUUACUGGCGGCAACUUCACCACGGCCAAGAAGGUGCAGGACCUGACACUCAAGGUUACUGCUGCUCAGUGCUCCACGGGUGCCAUGCUGGCUGUACAUUGUGAGAUUGCGCUGACAAGGAAGAAUUGAUGAACCCUUAACUGGAUGAAAGUGUAUUUCGUACACGAACAGCAGGCGCUGAAACGCGCAAUCCAUGCGCUGAUUAACGAUUGACGGCCGGUCCUGGGAGGUGUAUAGUUAUACAUACGAGCGGUUUUGUAUGCGCGCGAUUUCAAACGGUGCCCUCGUAAAGGGCAACCGUCCGGAAACCUUACAAUGGGUUUCGAGCGAGCACUGAUGACUUAUGUAUUUUAUGUGUAGAAGCUAUAAAGCUCCGAAUGCAUCUUUUGGCGGAGGCCGUUGCCCAAUUUUGAUCUGUGUUGGUUGACUGUUGAAUGAGAUCGUCAAGGUUGUUGACCGAAGCGAAACCCGACUGGCCACCCUGAGCGCCUCACAAAUACUUUCUUUUCCUCAUGACGGCUCUUACCGCCAGCACCGUCCACCGCCACCUGACCCGAUUAGCCAGGACAUUUUGGGUUGGGGUGAGGAGCUGUUGGCGAGGUGGUGGAGGGCGUGUACUUUGUUACUCAUGCUAAUCCGCGCGUGCUGCUCACGGCCGGGAAUUGCCACCGUGGGGUUCAGUCACGCAACAGACAUUACAACAGACGAGGAUGUCGAUAUGACGGAUACCGGCACGACAAGGGAACGGUGAAUCGUUUGCCAAGUAUCCGCCGGGUCAUGUAAUCUGAGAUUCCACGA